GUCUUCCUCCAUCUUUCUUUUUGUCAAACUCUCGGUGAACUAAACACGCGGUGCGAAAGCACGAAUAAAAAUAUCGAAAAAUGGGUCGUAUGCACGCUCCUGGUAAGGGUAUUUCCAAAUCCGCGCUACCGUACCGUCGUUCCGUGCCGUCGUGGCUCAAGUUGAGCGCCGAGGAUGUGAAGGAGCAGAUCAAGAAGCUCGGCAAGAAGGGCAUGACUCCGUCGCAGAUCGGCAUCAUCCUCCGAGAGACUGUCAAUGGCAACAAGGUGCGCGUCAGUGGAGCGGCUGCGCUUCUGUCGGUGAAAGCCGUUGGCCUGAAGCCCGUUCAGUUUCCCUGA